AUGAUAGUUGAUUUCUUAAACGUCGGUGAACCGACGAGAUAUGUGCAUGCACGAAUAUAUUCAUCCUCCUAUAACUUGACAGUGAAGAUUUGCUUGUGUCUAUUUGGGGUAGAACCAACUAUGGCUGUUAAAUGGGGUGUGAGAAAAGUGGCGCGUAGUUUUAACAACUCUGCGCUGCACUUUCGUCCAUUAACAGUAGCUGCAUCUUCUAACGCAUCGGAAACGUUACAGUCGUUUACCGCAUCUUUGCAUAAAGAAUAUGAUGGUUUACAUGCUAGCAAUAAACAUUUUGAUGGAGAUAAGUCAUCUAUUACAUUGCGGAAGAAGAAUUUAACGGAAAUUACAACAAAGGCCAUGAAUGAACUGCGAGAAGGGAAACCGUUAUCGAUCCCGGAGAAUUUAUCACAGGAAGACAUCUCUAUUGUAGUUAAUAGGCUCAUGACAUUGUUAGAACCGCUAACAUUGAUCUCCGUUGCUUCCGAGGGACACUCUUUAAAGAUAAUGAACGCGCUAAAAACGUUUUAUUGCGAGCUUGCAAAAGUUGAAGAAAACGUGCCGCUAUCGCUGUUGCAGCAGAACGAUAUAAACCGCAUCAUAAAACGGUUAUUGUACCUGAGUGGUCUCAGUUCUGCCCGUAAGCUUUUUCAAAGUACAAUAACACGAGGUUCAAUCGAGGGCAAUAAGGCACCAAGGGACACACAGACAUUGGUCCACUAUUUUCAGCUGUAUCUUGGUUCAAUACCGCGAUUCUGGUUAAGAAAUAAAUAUACAAGACAUGGGAUAGGGCCUACAAAAAGGUCCCGUCAGAUGUUAUUCAAACCACUUGGCGAAAAGAUGUUAUUUACCAUGAUAGAAAAGCUAAUGAAUAAUAAUAAGUGGAUGCACCUGCUAACUGCGGAAAUGCAUGCAAAUGUUAUUGCUGCAUUAGGAUUCCAUAAUCAACUAAGUUCUAUCGAACAUUAUAUUAACAAAAUGUGGGGAGUCUCACUUGGGGCACAAAGUAACGAGCCUAUCCACAUGAACGCUUCAAACUCAUACAUUUAUCCAGACCGACAGAUUAUAAUAGCUAUCAUCUCAUCUUUUGCAUACAACGGGAGAUUUUCCGAUGGAUUUGAAAUAAUGUCAUCCUUCUUCCAAAUGUACCCUGAUAUAAAGCCUGACCCGAAGUUCUGGAGGAAACUGUUUAAGUGGACUGACCCUAUGUUCAAUUUGGACUCAGCCAACGUUAAUAUGUUUCAGAAAUGUUGUUGGGAAGCCAUGAGAACUUCGUAUGCGAAGGCUAAUAAGAGCAUACCACCGGAUACCUCGAUUUUGCGUACCAGGUUGAAGGUGCUCGAACAUCAAAACGAUAUAGAGGCUGCAAUAGAUGCGUUGAGGAUCUUUGGCGACUGCUUUAGUCAUUAUUUCUAUUCUACACCACUGAAGGAUAGCCAAUAUCUGCUCCUGAUGAAAUAUCAACAAUUUAUAAUUAGACAUAUGUGCUUACAAGAUGACUACGAAGCAUGCACCGCAUUCAUUAACCAAUGGCAACUCAAUCCAAUGCACGGUCAGGAAUUGCGCGACUAUUUUGUAAUGGAAAAGCAGAAGAAUGAAUUUGAGAAAGCUAGAGCUGGGCAGGGUUCAACAGAUGGUGCUGAAUUAGAUGAAGACGAUGAUUUCACGUUGACCGGGUUUAAGCUAUGGUAA